AGUGUGAGGCCGGGUUCUGACCCGAACCCAGGGGGUGUGGACUAGAGUCUGGGAUGGGCUGCAGGAGAGAGGGAGGACUGGGAGCUCUGGCGCUGUCGGAGCCAUGGAAUCGCCGGGAUUAGUGUGGAGGGGGGGGUGCGGGGUCGGUGCAUUGUGGGAGAGAGACGCGAUGGAGGCAGAGCGCUGAUCCAGAGGCUGUGUGUAGCAGAGGGGCGGGCAGGGAUGUCGGCAGACCCGUGCCCGGAGCAGUGCAGACUGGAGAAGGCUCACCCGGUGCUGAAGGCCUUCAUGUGUGGCUCCCUGAGUGGGACCUGCUCCACUCUGCUCUUCCAGCCCCUCGACCUCGUCAAGACCCGGCUGCAGACCCUCCAGAGCUCCGUACAGCAUGGGUCACGUGUUGGGAUGGUAACGGUAUUCCUCAAUGUGAUCCGCACGGAGAAACUGCUGGGUCUUUGGAAGGGCGUAUCUCCGGUAAACAGCCCGUCUCACCCUCUAACUGUAUCACCUGUAGUGUCAGCAUACAGUAGUGUGCAGGAGGAGUGUGUGUAU